GGAGAAUUAAAGCCGGCUAAACGAAAGAGUCUGUCUACAUAAUCCAAAACUAAUUAAUUGUUUAUAAUAUACUUACAACUAUUCACUACAUGCCACAAUUGUUAUAUUCAUAUAUGUCUUGUAUACAAUUGUCUAUAUAUUAACUCAUUCAUAUACCUUUCUAAACUUCCCUCUUAAAACCCUAAUAAUUUAAUCUCUCCAUCUCUCUCUGUGAAAAUUGAAGAGUCAAAGUUUAUUCAAAAAAUCUUGAGAUCAUAUAUAUCAUCGGAAGUAGUACUACAUAUAACUUUAUUAUGGAACCUAAUAAACAAGGUUCGGAUACAACGACAUCAAGUGAAGAAAACGACAACAGCGGAGUGGUCAGCCGAUCAGUGGAUGAAUCCGGCAGCGGCGGCGGUGGCGGCAAGCGGAGCUACGAGUGCACGUAUUGCAAGCGUGGUUUCACGAACGCUCAAGCCCUAGGUGGACAUAUGAAUAUCCAUCGUAAAGACCGAGCCAAAGCCAAGCAGCAAAACCCUACUUUUACAACUACUUGUUCUAAUAAUUACCAAGCUGAAAUGGGGUUGGCGGGUAAUUCUCCCUUUACGACGACGUUUUCAGCCAACAGAUCAGCUGCGGCUUGGACGAGUAGUAGUACUCAUCCGCAGCAGCCACCUUCUCAUCAUCAUGGUAUGUAUUAUCAGCCAAGUCAUGAUAUAUAUGGUGGUCCUGUUAAUUAUGGUCAUUAUAACAUUAAUCAUGAGUUUGGUUUGAGGGGUAUUAAUGGUCAUGAUCCCUCUAAUUUGGGUUUGAAUCAUGAAGAUGAUCUUGGAAAUUUGAGCCUAAGGAUGAAUUCUGGUUCAUCCUAUUUGGAAGAUGAUCAGAGGAGUACUAGCUGUGAAGAUGAUGUUGAUUUGGAACUUCGACUUGGCCAUCGCCACGAUUAGUAAUCAUGCAUCCAUUGAUACACAGUAUGUUUCUUCAAUUAUUAUUAUAUAUUAACCUAAUUAAAUGCUUAUUAACUUUAUUAUAAUUUUAAUAUGUUAUUUGUUUCUAUUUAUUUUAAUUAUUAAGAAGAGAGUACUCGAGUUAU